CCCGGCCCGGCCCCGCCAUGCCGCCGCCGCCCGGGCCCGCCGCCGCCCUGGGCACCGCGCUCCUGUUGCUCCUGCUGGCCUCCGAGUCCGCGCACACCGUGAUGCUGCGGGCGCGCGAGGCGGCGCAGUUCCUGCGGCCCCGGCAGCGACGCGCCUACCAGGUCUUCGAGGAGGCCAAGCAGGGCCACCUGGAGAGGGAGUGCAUUGAGGAGCUGUGCAGCCAGGAGGAGGCCCGGGAGGUGUUCGAGAACGACCCCGAGACGGACUAUUUUUAUCCAAGAUACUUAGACUGCGUUAGUAAAUAUGGAUCUCCGUACACAAAGAGCCCAGAUUUUGUUACAUGCGUUCAAAACCUGCCUGACCAGUGUUCCCCGAACCCCUGCGACAAGAAGGGGACCCAAAUGUGCCAGGACCUCAUGGGCAACUUCUACUGCCAGUGCAGGGCCGGCUGGGGCGGGCGGCUCUGUGACAGAGAUGUGAAUGAGUGCAGCCAGCAGAACGGGGGCUGCAACCAAAUAUGCUUCAACAAGCCGGGCAGCUUCCACUGCGCCUGCUACAGCGGCUACGCCCUCUCCCCCGACGGCAGGACCUGCCGAGAUGUGGAUGAGUGUGCAAAUGGAGGUGCCUGUGGGGAGGCGCACUGCAGGAACCUGCCAGGCUCCUAUUCCUGCCUCUGUGACGCGGGUUAUGCGUUCAGCUCCCAGGAGAAGAUCUGCCAAGAUGUGGACGAGUGUGCGGACGGGCGCUGUGAGCAGGCCUGCGUCAACUCCCCAGGGGGUUACACCUGCCACUGUGACGGGCGUGGAGGCCUCAAGCUGUCCCCGGACAUGAACACCUGCGAGGAUAUUUUGCCCUGCGUGCCUUUCGAUGUGGCCAAAAGCAUGAAGUCCUUGUACCUGGGCCGCAUGUUCAGCGGGACGCCCGUGAUCAGACUGCGCUUCAAAAGGCUGAAGCCCACCAGGCUGGUCGCCGAAUUCGACUUCAGGACCUUUGACCCCGAAGGCGUCCUCUUCUUUGCUGGAGGCCAUCAAGACAGCGCCUGGAUCGUGCUGGGCCUGCGAGCCGGCCGGCUGGAACUACAGCUCCGUUACCACGGUGUCGGCCGCGUCACCAGCAGUGGGCCUGUCAUCAACCACGGCAUGUGGCAGACGAUCUCCGUGGAGGAGCUGCACCGGAAUCUGGUCGUCAAGGUGAACAAGGACGCUGUCAUGAAGAUAGCGGUGGCCGGGGAUCUGUUUCAGCUGGACAGAGGGCUGUACCAUCUGAAUCUUACCGUGGGAGGCAUUCCCUUCAAGGAGAAGGACCUGGUGCAGCCUAUAAACCCCCGUCUGGACGGCUGUAUGAGGAGCUGGAACUGGCUAAAUGGUGAAGACACCACCAUCCAAGAGACGGUGAAAGCAAACCCCAAGAUGCAGUGCUUCUCUGUGACGGAGAAAGGGUCCUUCUACCCCGGGAGCGGGUUUGCCUUCUACAGCCUGGAUUACACCCAGACAUCCGCGGACGUCAGCAUGGAAGCAACCUGGCAGAUAGAGGUCGUGGCUCGGAUCCGCCCCGUUACCGACACGGGGGUGCUGUUGGCGCUGGUGGGCAGUGACCACGUGGUGGUCCUCUCCGUGGCCCUGGUUGACUACCACUCCACCAAGAAGCUCAAGAAGCAGCUGGUCAUCCUGGCCGUGGAGGGUGUCACCCUGGCCCUGAUGGAGAUCAAGGUCUGUGACGGCCAGGAGCACCGAGUGGCCGUCUCCGUGCGGAAGAAUGAGGCCACCCUGGAGGUCGACGGCACCAAGGGUCAGAGCGAAGUGAGCGCCGCAGGGCUGCAGGAGCGCCUGGCCGUGCUCACGAGGCACCUGCAGGGCUCUGUGCUCACCUUCGUGGGCGGCCUGCCAGAUGUGCCUGUGACCUCAGCGCCAGUCACGGCCUUCUUCCGCGGCUGUAUGACACUGGAGGUCAACCAGAAGGCGCUGGACCUGGACGAGGCCGCCUACAAGCACAGUGACAUCACGUCACACUCCUGCCCCCCGGUUGAGCAGGCUGCCCCCUAGGCUAGCAGGAAGAGGGAAGGCCUGCCACCCCCACCCGCCCGCGAGGCCAGCUCUGGACACUGCGCCCCUCCAGGCUGAGUCUUCUCCAAGACUGUUGUUGCCUUGUAACAUACGUGUAUAUAGUUGAGGGACUGAUGUUAACCACCCAAAGCCACAGCCCCAACCCCAGCGCGUCCAGCGUGUGGAGGCCAGGGGCUGCCACAUGCCAGAGCAGACCCAAGAAAAUAAUUCUGUUAUUUUUAUUACCGAAUGCUUCUUUCUGGCUUAAAAAUAUGGGAAAUAAAAUAUUUACAGAACCCUUUUUAACUGUGCUGCAGGCUCCGCUCCUUGCUCGUUAGUGCCCAGCAGGUGGUGUCAGGAGC